AUGGAAAAACGUGCAACCGGUGCUAAAAACGCAAUACCCGUCAGUAGAGACAUAGAUGGAGACAACGAUGAAGAUAAUUCUCGUAUUUCCCGUGACGAUUCCACUGUGAACGACACCGCCAGAGCCAGAUGGACUCUUCUACGACAGGUGUUGCGUAAAAAGCAGGUCGACUCUCCUGAGAUGAAGCAGGUGUCAGUGCGCAGAUUUUCCAGUUUUGACCUUUUCAGCAGGAAGAGAACUGUCAUUCAUGAGACAAGCAAUACCUCAGAUGACCAAUGGGUGGAGUACCGCAGUGUAUCUCUUCCUAAGUACAGUGCCUUACUAAGAGUUCAUUUGGGGCCCCUCAAAGUCAAUGAAGUGCUGAAUAGUUUUGACAACACCGGUAACGUCUGUGUGUGGCCGUCUGAAGAGGUGAUGGCUCACUUCUGUCUGCAGAAGCGUACCGUGUUCAAGGGCGCCGUGUGCGAGCUAGGAGGAGGGAUGACUUGUCUGGCUGGUCUCAUGGUUGCCAUUUGUGCUGACGUGAGGGAAGUUCUUCUAUCUGAUGGGAAUGAGAAGUCUAUUCACAAUGUGCGGGAGCUGGUGGACAAAAAUAGGCAAUCUGGGGUCUUCAGCUCCACAAGUGUGUCUGCCAGGGUCCUGCGAUGGGACUGCGAUUCAGACAUCUCACCGCUGGAGGGUCACUUUGACGUGGUCAUGUGCGCUGACUGUUUGUUCCUGGACCAGUUCAGAGCCAGCCUGGUUGAUGCUAUAAGAAGAUUACUGCACCCCAAAGGCACCGCGCUGGUCUUCGCUCCACGCAGAGGUCAGACUCUUGCUCUUUUCUGUGAUCUGGCCCAGCAGGCCGGACUGGUCAUCUCUCAACACCAGCAGUACGACCCCUACGUCUGGGACAUGCACUUAAAGAUGAUGAAAGAAGGAAAAGAAGCCUACGAUGAGAACAUCCACUAUCCCCUGCUCCUCACCUUGACCAAAGGACCUCAAACUGUCAGCUCCUUCAAGUGA